AUGCCCCUCGACACUUCGGCGUACAGCCUCGGGCUGCUCCGCGUCGACGGCCGGCGCUGGAACGAGCUCCGCCGGCUGCACGCCCAGAUUAGGACUCAGGCGGCAGCCGACGGAUCCAGCUACCUCGAGAUGGGCCACACCAAGGUCAUGUGCGUGGUGACGGGUCCCACCGAAGGAGGGCUGCGGCGGGGUGGCGGAGCCGGAGCCGGAGGAGGUACGUCCAAGGAUGCCGAGGUGGUGGUGAGCGUGGUUGUAGCGGGGUUCAGCUCCGUGGACCGGAAGAAGAGGGGCAGGAAUGACAAGCGCAUCCUCGAGCUCCAAUCCACCAUAUCCUCCGCCCUCUCCGCCUCUCUGCACACGCACCUCUUCCCGCACAGCACAAUCGCCAUCUCCCUACACGUCCUCUCGCAGGACGGCUCCCUGCUCGCCGCGCUGAUCAACGCCGCGACGCUCGCCUGCGUCGACGCCGGCAUCCCCAUGACCGACUACAUCGCGGCCUGCACGGCGGGGAGCACGUCGACGCACGCCGCGGGCGACGAGGCCGCCGACCCGCUGCUCGACCUCAACCACCAGGAGGAGCAGGAGCUGCCGUGCCUGACGGUCGCCACCCUCGGCGAGACGGACCGCGUCGCCGUCCUCGUGUGCGAGAGCCGCGUCCAGGUCGGGCGCCUCGAGGGCAUGCUUGCCGUUGCUGUCGACGGGUGCAAGCAGGUCCGCACCAUACUGGAUCGCGUUGUGAGGGAGAAGGGCCGGCGGAUGAUUAUGGAGGGGGCGGUGGAGAAGGGGACUGGGGUUGGGAUGGAGGUCGAUUAA